UUCUCACAGCAACACGCAGUCUUACUUCAACAGCAACAACAGAGUGGUGUGGAGUGGUGGUGUGGUGUGGGAUUUUAUUCUCACAUAAACAAACUCUGAGAAAAGAAACCCAAAACUCUCUUCCCUAAAUCCAGUAAUGGCGAUUGUUGAUUCUAUAUCUUCAGUAUCAAAACCCUUACAUCUAGAAUCAUUACCUAUAAUAGAUUUACGAUCAUUAUCACAAUCAGAAUUAAAUUCAUUAUCUCUUUGUACUUCAAACAAUACUUUUGAUCUUACUCGUUGUGAUGACAUUAUCAUCCCUAAAAUUGAUCGAUCAGUCUUCAAUGAAAGCGCAGGUAGUAAAAAACAAACUUAUUCUCGUCUUAAUUUUGCUCCUCCAGAACAUGAACUUGACCAUCACAGCAACAAUCUAUUACGUAAUAGACGUUUUUCUUCAUCUGCUGGUAGUAUACUCCCUAAAAACCCUAGUUUACAAAACCCUAAUUUUAAAAGCCCUAAUUAUGUUUAUGAUUACGAGAAAUUAGAGAAUAAACAAAUUGUUAAUCAUCUUAGGGGAUUGUUUGGGUUUAGUGCUGAAGGAACUAGAAAUGAAGAUGAAUUAGUUUCAUUUGGUAAUCAGAGUAAAUCUUUUGAUGAAUUGGUUGUAUAUGAAGAAGCAUUGGAGGAAGGAAAUGGGUUUGUGUUAGAAGAAGAAUUUGGGUUUGAGGAUGGAGAAAGGAAAAGAAAAAGAGGGAGACCUAAAAAAUAUGAACCAAUCCGGAAUAGAAAUCAAAAUGAGAAAGUUCUGGAUGAAAGUAAAGCGAUUGUUACUUGGACUGGUGGUGAUCAGAGCAAAAUGGAUAGGGAGAUUAUGAAUAAGAAUGGGGAUGUUGUUGAUGUUGCUGCAUUGGGUACUAGUAAUGAUCCAUUUGGUCAAGAAUUGAGAAAUAGAACUGCGGGUUUGGAGACAGAUGAUGAAUUGUUAGGGUAUUUAAGAGCGUUAGAUGGACAGUGGGCUAGUACUAGGAAGAAGAGAAAGAUUGUUGAUGCUUCUGAUUUUGGGGACCAUUUGCCUAAAGGAUGGAAACUUCUGCUGAGCUUGAAGAGGAAAGAAGGACGAGUGUGGGUGUAUUGCCGCCGAUAUAUAAGCCCAAGUGGACAUCAUUUCUUGUCUACGAAAGAAGUUUCUUCGUAUUUGCAUUCAGUUUUUGGAACUCAAGAUACAACUCGGCCAAAUCCUUAUUCUAGUGUUGAGACCGGUGUGGGAAAAAACUUGGCAACUGGAAGGAUUGCAAAUCUUCUACACAAGGAUGGAGAGACUAAGGAAGAUUUCACUCGCCAUCAAGCAUCAAUUCAAGCACCUAUAUUUACUGAACAAGAGAACAUAGCAACCCCAUUUCGGGAUGAAAGCUUACCAUUGGUUGAAGCGAAUGAUUAUUUAGUUUGUCACAAAUGCAACACGAGUUAUGCUGAUAAGGAUGCAUAUCUGCAGCACCUGUUGACUUCACAUCAGAGUAAAAACAAGUCCAGACUAUGCACAUCUAUUUCUGAUGGAGUGAUAAUUAAGGAUGGAAAAUAUGAAUGUCAAUUCUGCCACAAAAUUUUCCUGGAGAAACAUCGUUACAAUGGGCAUGUCGGUAACCAUGUGAAAGCCUAUGUCAGGAGGCUUGAAUCAUCGGGAAAGGCAGCUGAACCAAAGAGAUUACAGUUGUCACCCUUAGGUGUGACACCUUCCGUGAUCUUUAAGGGCAACGAAAUGCUUGACAACGACAGGGAUUCUAUUCCUCAGGCUUUUGGGGAUCCUAAAGAAGAGAUGAAUGACGAAGCUCCUCGUAGCAUUCUUGUUGUGGAAUCUGUUACAGAAGCUCUGAAUGCCAAAACUCACUGUGAUAAAAUGAAUGUUGAUGAUUUGCGUAGUGCAUCAGGUACCGAUUCUAUCACAGAAAGUCUUCCUUCCAAUCCUGCUUGUGGUGAUCUGAAUGUUGCAAAACCCCAUAGUGCACCAGUUGCAGAUUCCUCUCCAGGAACUCUUAAUGCGAAGCCUGGCAAUGAUGAAAAGCAUCACAGUGAACUAGUUCUGGAAUCUGCAGAGACUUCUAAUGCCAAGUCUCAUGAUGACGAGAUGAAUGUAGAUGCCCCUCAAAGUACGCCAGUUUUAGAUUCUGCUCCAGAAAUUUCUAAUUCCAAAUGUAGCAAUGUUGAGAUCCUCAUAGAAGAACCUCUUACUACAACAGGUAAGGAUCCCGUUCAAAGUAUCUCUGAGGCCAACUCUAUCCUUGAGGGGAUGGACGUUGAAGCUUCUGCUCCUGAAACACACAAUGCGCGAUAUAACUAUGGUGAAAGGAAUGGUGAAGCUCCAAAUAAUAUACCAGAUAGGGAUUUUGUUCGAGGACCUGGUAGUGCUAAAUCUAACCUUGACGAGAUGAAUGUGGAAGCUCCUUGUUAUGGUACACCAGACAUGGAUAUUGCUCCUGAAACUCUUAUUUGCAAACGUGACAGUGACAGGGCUAGUGAUGAAGCUCCUCAUAAUAUUCCUGUUACUGAUUCUCAUAGUGGCAAAUCCAACCAGGACAAGAUGAAUGUGGACGCUCCCUACUAUAAUACACUAGACAUGGAUUCUAUUUGCGAAGAUCGGAUUCCCAGACCUAACUGUGAUCUGGUGAGUGUUGAAGCUCCUCAUAAUGUACCGGUUAAUGAAUCUGUUCCUGUGGCUGCAGAUGCCAGUUAUUGCGAUGGAAAAAUUAGCGGUGAAGCUCUUCACAGCACACGAGUUACAGAUCCUAUUUCAGCAACUUUUGAGGCAAAACGUAAACUUGAUGCGGUCAAUGUUGGAGCUCCUGAGAGUGCAACUACUGAUUCUUUUUUAGGAAUGUUAAAUGCCAAAUCUGAUCAUGAGGAUGUGUAUGUCGGUGUUCCUCAAAGUGCUCCUAUAAGGUAUCCCGUUCAAGGAAUUUUUGGUGCCAGAUAUGAGAUGAAUCACGAAGCUUCUCCUCAUAUCACAGCAUUUACUGGCUCUAUUCCAGGAAAUUCAAGUGCCAAAUUUAAUUACGGUGGAUUGAGUGCUGAGGCCCCCCCUCAUUGUGCACCAUUUAAGGAUUCCGUUCUGAGAAAUUUGAAUGCCAAAUCUUACUUUGACGAGAUGAAUGUUGAAGCUCCUAGUUGCACGCCAGCUACAGAAUCCGUCUCAGAAACUUCCACUGCCAAAUCCAAUUGGGGAUUACAUCUGGCUUCUUCAUAUAGCAAACAAGGUGGUGGGGCUGAUAAAUUGAAUGAAACUUUGGCUGAUGGAUAUUAUGAUAAGCAGCAGAAUAAUUAUGCUACAGCUGCAAAUAAGUUGGGUGAGAUCCAUGACCACAGCAAUAACAUGUUCGGAACAUUUAAUUCUCUCUUGUAUUCGCAACCUAUGUCAUCUAGUGAGAGAGCGGGCGCAUCUAAAGCUUCUACUGGAGAUUAUGUUUUUGGCACUAGUGGGCAAAGUGACAAAUAUGGACUUCACCAGGAAAGGUUUAUUGAGAGAGUGGGUACAUCUAAAACCUCUAAUGCGGAAUAUGUCUAUGGAAGUGCUAGUGGGCAUAAUGACAAGUGUGGUCCUCAGCAGGAAGCUGGUUCUGAAAGCUGUUGGCUUUCUCUGUCAAUUGGUCACCAAAUUAACGAUGCUGCAGCUAGUGUCGAUGAGGUUUUCUCUCUCAUACCAAAGGGGUCCCAGUUUUCUGAAGUCAAAGAAUCUGACAAUAAUGAGCCAGGAAAUUUUUUCGCCUCAAGGGAUUCUGCGCGCGGGAAGGAUGUAUUAACUAUUGGGAGUAUCGACGAAGGGAAUUUACUUGAGACGCUGGAAUUGGCGAAAUCAUCUAACUGUUUCCCCACUUUCAAUAUGGUUUCGGAUAAGGAACAAGGAGAAAAUAAUAUGCAUUCUGUUAACUCGAGGCAGGUUGAGAAGGUAUCAGAUUUUGAAGAACUCAGGUUGGAUGACAUGGAAUCUUCAAGGUUUAGCAGCUUUAUGGGUCAAGGUUUAACAGAUAUUGAAAAUUCUAUUAGCUUUGAUUGGGCUUCAAUUUUACCAAAUAUGGAAAAUAGGCCACAGCUCACCCCCACUGUUUGCGUUUGGUGUGCGCUGGUAUUCAACAUCGAUGUUACGGACUCAGCAACUGAGUAUAAUUCUGUUGGUUAUAUGUGUCCUUCCUGCAAGGCAAAGAUUUCUGGGCAUCUAUAAGAGAAAACAAGGAGUUUAGGACACUUUUGUCCUCUAUCUUUAUAGGUAACUCUGUUGGUGCUGUUACUUGAUUUAGGGUGUUUCAGUGUAAAUUUCCUUCAGCAGUUAAAUGAAUCGUUGCCCAUUGGUAGUGUUGCUAUUUUACUAUGGUGUACAAGUAGUUAUAGUUGUAGCUGGUUGUGUCUUUUGUAGCAUUAUAUCAAGGCAAGUUGUUGUAUUUUGAGGGUUUCUUCUUUAAACAGAGAAAUAUCCAGUCUGGAUCAUUAGAAACAGCAGUAUACUCAUACAUUAAGUACUAUAUUAUAUGAUUAUCUCUGUAUAUACAUCAUAUUAUCUGUGCUGGCACCCGCUUCGCAGGUUAUAUUGUGUGAAUGGCCUUUAGAUUGGUCAUCUUUGCAUGCAAUCCUCCACGUAUCAUGUAACCCAGCUUUAUCGUUAU